CAUCGUCUUCUGUAUUUUUCUUUCUCACGAAUUGAGCCCUUCAAUGGCGCAAACUUGGGUCAGAGCUGGUUAUUAUUGGAAAUCAUCAUACACUUAUGAGCACCCCAUUUCCAACAUAAAUUCUUCUCUCUUCACCCAUCUUAUUUAUUGCUUUGGUGAUGUGAAUACUACAACAUACCAGCUAUCUUUUCCAUCACCUUAUGAUGAACUACUAAUCUCCAAUUUCGCAGACACUGUGAAGCAAAAGAACCCAUCAGUCAACACACUUUUGUCCAUUGGAGGCACAAAUAUCGAUUGGUCAACAUUUUCCUCAUUGUUAAGCAAUGAUUCUCAUAGAAAAUCUUUCAUUGAUUCAUCAAUAAAAAUGGCCAGGCUUUAUGGCUUUCAAGGCCUAGAUCUUUGGCAUAGUCACGUAAACACAAGCAAUGAAAUGUUGAAUCUAGGAAUUCUAUUCAGAGAAUGGCGAGCUGCUGCUGUUCAAGAGGCUAGAAACUCAAGGCAGUCGCAACUUAUCCUGACUGCCUCAGUUAAACAUUUACCGAAUUAUUUUUAUUUAACAAAUUUUCCAAUAGACUUCGCAGAGACGUACUUGAACUGGGUUCAUGUUGUUACUUGUGAUUAUAAAAAGACAACAAUUACAAACUUUACAGCUGCUCCUUCAGCUCUGUAUGAUCCAAGUUGUAUUGAUAAUACUGAUUAUGCUAUAAUGGCAUGGAUCAAUGGAGGACUAUCAUCUAAUAAGCUUGUCUUCUGUUUGCCUCUGUAUGGCUAUGCAUGGGAACUUGCCAAUCCUCAGGUCAAUGGCAUUGGCGCACCGGCAAGGGGACCAGCUAACAACGACAUAGGAUUCGUGACUUAUAAUCAAAUCAAGAGAGAUUAUAUCCAACCAUAUGCACCUAAUAUUACGUUCAAUGCAACAUAUGUGGUGAAAUACUUCACAGUAGGGACAUCUUGGAUUGGCUUUGAUGAUGCCCAAGUCGUUAGAAUCAAAAUUUCUUAUGCCAAAGAAAAGAAGCUACUUGGUUACUUUGUGUGGCAAGUCUACAUGGACUAUAAUUGGGAGCUUUCCGGAGCUGCAGCGGAAGAGGAUAGAAUUAAUUUUCCAACUCAGGAAAGUGAUCAAAUUGGAAGAAGUAAUAGGCGUAAGACAGUAAUAGUUUGGACGGCAACUGCAACUGCUGUUCUCUUACUAGGCUUUGCCAUUGUCUAUUGCUGGAUGAGAAAGCUCAGAAGAAAAGAAAUGGUUCACUCAGCCAAACAAUCAAAUGAUGAAGUACCUUGUGGAGAUUUUACAAAAAACGAUCUUAAUCUGAUAAUAUAUACUUGGGUUGAGAUUGAAGCAGCUACAGACCGAUUUUCAUUUCAAAACAAGCUUGGCGAAGGUGGUUUUGGCCCUGUUUACAAGGGCAUACUACCGAAUGGGCAGGAAAUAGCAGUAAAGAAACUUUCAAAAACAUCCAAACAAGGCUACAAGGAAUUCAAAAAUGACGUUAUGCUGACUGCAAAGCUCCAACAUGUAAAUCUAGUCAAGCUUCUGGGUUAUUGCAUUGACGGAAGACAACAGAUGCUGGUCUACGAAUACAUGCCAAACAAAAGCUUAGACUCUUACCUUUUUGGUAUAAAAUUUAUGUGCAAUUCUUUUUUUGUUAUUGUUAGGCUUAUUUAUAAUAAUUUACUUUGUUCACCAAUGAGUUUGAUGUAGAUCCCAUUAGACAACAUAUUUUGGAUUGGGAAAAACAUGCUCAAGUUAUUGAAGGAGUGAUUCAAGGACUCAUAUAUCUUCAAAAAUAUUCAAGAUUAACUAUUAUUCAUCGAGAUAUAAAAGUUAGCAAUAUCUUGUUAGAUGGAGAAAUGAAACCCAAAAUAUCAGAUUUUGGAAUGGCUAGAAUAUUUUCAAAGGAUGAUCUUGAAGCAGAGACAAGCCGUAUUGUUGGAACGCUGCAUAUGAGUUGUGGAAUGUCGGCAAAGGCAUGGAGUUUAUGGAUGAAUCAUUGAACGAUGCAUAUUCAUAUUGUAAAUUAAUGAGAUGCUUGCAAAUAGGUCUAUUAUGUGUCCAAGAAAAUCCAAUUGAUAGACCAUCCAUGUUGGACGUUUCCACCAUGCUAAAAAAUGUAAACAUAGAUAUGAUGAUUCCGAAGAAGCCUGCUUUUUGCAAACAAGAUCAACCAAAUAAAUCUGUUGUGCAGUUGGAAGGUUUUUCAGGGAGCACUUCAUCAAUUAAUGAUGUAUCAAUUUCAGAUGUGUCAGCUAGAUGAGCCUUACAAUUUUGAGAUUACUAAUAUUGCUAUAUUAAUUACAUGUUAGUUUUUAUAGCAUUCCUAAAAUUUAUGAUUUUGUUUUGAGUUAAAG